GCAUGGACAACCACCACACGUUCAAACGUGUGUUUAUUUACAAAUCCUAGCAACAACGGUUACCAUCGUUCGAUCCUUUCACGAAAAAGCAUCCUCUUCUUUUCUAGAUCCUUUUUUCAACGUUUCGUGCCCGGUUAGCAUGGACUGUACUGCACCUCCGCAGCAAUGGAUUCCGUUCAGAUGAUAUCGCACAUCGAAAAAUCGCUCAACUACUCGGUGUAUGACGUGAAAUGGAUACCCUGUACAGCCAAGUUCGUGGCCGUAGGCUCACAACCGAAGGGCACCGGAACGGUACAAAUUUACGAGCUAAACCAUGGCUCGCUGGAUUUGGUGCGCGAGACGGAAAAGCAAGUUUCGCUGAAAUGCUGCUCGUUCGGUGCGUCCCGGCUUCGGGCGGAACAUCUUGCGGUGGGUGAUUUUGCCGGCAAGCUUGCCGUGUACGAUCUGGAGCGGCUAGAUGCGCCCGUGUACGAAGCGACCGGUCACGAAGGAAUCAUAAAUACGCUUGACGCAAUCGGUGGAUCGACGGUGAACUGCGGUGCGCCGGAAAUUGUUACCGGUGGGCGUGACGGUUCGGUGAAGGUGUGGGACCCACGGCAACCGAACGAUCCGGUAGCAAACAUUUGUCCCGCGGGCAAGGAUUCGUUGCAGCGACGGGACUGUUGGGCGGUUGGGUUCGGAGAUUCGCACAAUCCGGUAGAGCGGGUCGUUUGCUCCGGGUAUGACAACGGUGACCUGAAGCUGGUCGAUCUUCGCAAUCUAAAGCUGCGCUGGGAAACGAACGUUAAGAAUGGCAUCUGCUCGGUGGAGUUCGAUCGGAAGGAUAUACGCAUGAACAAGCUGGCCGUAAGUACGCUGGAAGGUGGUUUGCACGUGUUCGAUAUGCGCACCCAGCAUUCGAAGCAUGGAUUUGCGUCGGUGAGAGAGAAAACCGUUGGCCAAUCGCUCGGCACCAACGGUGUGGUUAGUGCGGCAAAGUCGACCGUCUGGACGGUGAAACAUCUGCCGCAGAAUCGGGACAUUUUUAUGACCGGCGGUGGAUCGGGCAAUGUUCGCAUAUGGCUUUACCACUAUCCGGAGAAACGAUCCAAAACGUUAACAGAUGGAGAAGAGGAAGGUGUUGCCGGUUCGUUGGAAAUGCUGCACGCUACCACCCUGUCCACCCAGCCCGUGCACACCUUCGACUGGAGUCCAGAUCGACAGGGUUUGGCCGUGUGUGGGUCGUUCGAUCAGACCGUACGCGUGUUGAUUACUACCAACUUGAACCUGCAUUAAAUUUUACAAUAAAUAAAGCCUUCUCUAGAGGAUAAAUCAUAAAGAAAAAAUAUAUUUAGCUGUUCGUUUCGCGAAAAUGGAAAAAA